AUCACGGCGUCUGUUUUGUUUUGUGCGGGCGCGAGCGAUCAUGUUCAGAUUUUUGUUUACUGAGUAGAUGCGGCUACCGCGCAGCCAGUUCGCCGACGCUGUUACAUUUUUUAUCUUGCCCGGCUGUCCUCGUUUGUGCUCUCCACAGAUGGCACGAGUUUCUCGAGACCGCUAGCCUGCUCUCUAGGCUCUGUACGUUUUCUGCCCGCCAUCAGGCUGACCGGCUGCCUCAAUGGAGCCGGGCAUGAGCUUGCUUGGUGCCGCUGAUGAACUAAAGUUUGACAUUGACCACGAUGAAGAGGACGAGGCUUCAGCAGAAGUUAGAAAGAAGGCUGAAGAGCUUCAACAAGCAGUUGCAAAUGGGUUUGAUGACCUGGAGGGACUGUCGGAUGACGACGAAGACCUUUCUGCUGACCAGUACUUCAAUCCCCCUGGGGUUGUUGGUUAUGGAGGGAUGACUUCUACUCCAAACCAAGAAGGGCAGAACUAUGUGAGGCAGCCUUUUUCCACACCACACUAUGCCAUGGGCAUCCACCAGAAUGUGCCUGGAACUCAAGUUCCCAAGCUCAACAUGUAUGCCGACAACUACUCCAAUGGCCCGGAUCUUGGGAGUCCGAUGCUGCAUGGCAUGGGCGAUGGCUUGAAUGGUGGAAGCAACGGCAUUCACCAAAAUCCAGCUGCACCUCCGAAUGGCCAACACCCCACUCGUCCCCACGGGUCUGCCUCGACAAAUGAAGCAGAUGGCUAUGUUCAGCUCGAGGUGAUGUACAAAGCACGAACAAGGGAAGUAGAACGACUGAAGUUUGAGCUGGAAAAUCUGCGAGAGUCAUCUAGAGCAGAGAUUACCUCAUUGCAGGACCAGGUGACUACGUUGCAAGCCAGUGCCAAGAUGUACAUGGAAAACUGGAAUCAAGCUAACCAAGCCCUAGCAAACAAGACCACUGAGAAUGCUGAACUGUCUGUCAAGAUUUCCACCCUUCAGAACCAGCUGGAAAUCGAAACUAAGUCCAGAGAUGAGCACGUGGAGAAGAUGAAGGUGGCAGAAGCCACGAUCAAAAUGCUGCAGGAGCAGGUUUCAGAGUUGAGCAGCUCAGACGGCCUUGUGCUCCUGAAGCGAGACUAUGAAAACUUGUUACAAACACUGAAACAGAAGCACCAGGACGAACUAUACAACAUGCACCAGAAAAUUGACGAACUUAGCCGAAACUUGGCUGUAAAGGGCGAUGAACUCCGGUUGUGCAAGGCUCGUUUUGAGGAGCGCGAGAGGCAAUUUGAAGCGAGGCUUUUGGAAAAAGCUGACACUAUCAACCAGCUCACACAGUCUCUGAGCAGCAGCCAGAGGCAGUGCCAACAGUUCUUGGAAAACAGUGAGUAUGACAGUGGGGAUAGAAGCCAGCGAAGCUGUGACUAUGGCACACCCCAGGAAUCAAGAAAACUCCUGGAGCAGUUCCAGGUCCUUCAAGAAGAAAGGGGAAAGGAAAGGCAGAGGUUAAAACGACUAGAGGAGGGAGUUGAUGACCUCUAUCAGCUUCUUGUUCCCAAGGCAAACAUGGCUCUUUGCAAUCCAGAACUAUCAAAGAGUGAUGACAGUCUAGCGGCACGGUCGCUCAACAAGCCAACCUCCGAGGAUGCGAUGUUGAAGAUGCGCCUGUGCUGUCGCGAAGUUGGGCAUCUCCGCUCCGAGGUCCUUAGGGCAAGGGACGGGCUCUCACUUGCCGAUCAAGAGCUUGAUGAGCUGAGAAGGAAGCUGGAGAUGGCCGAGAAUGAAUUGGCCAGGCUGCAGGAAAAGCUUCAGGGCAGAGAUGGUUCAGAAACAGAGUCCCAGUUUCAAGACAUGAAGGAUGAACUGACAAGGCAGGUCCAGACCUUGGAAGCUAAGCUCUGUCAGGCUGAGGUGGCCCGUGAGCAGCUGAAACUGCAGGAACAUCAGCUACUCUUUGAAAGAGAGUCUCUCCUAAGAUCCUGUGCAGAAGACAAGGCUCAGGCGAUUGAGACGUGCAAAAACUCAAUCCUGGAAAUGCACCAUGGUGCAAUGAAGAGGCUCAGGGAAGAACUCCUGUCCUUGUCGGAACGGGAAAAGGAGCAGGUUGCUCGUGAAUAUGAGGCGAGAAUACAGGAGCUGAACUCAAACUACAGUACCUUGCAACAGACCAUCAAUGAUGUGAAAGAGCUCUACAUACGAUCUUGUGAAGAAAAGCGUUCGCUUGAAGCCCAGAUCAAGGAGCUGACUAACAGAGAAAGAAAUGUAAAGCAGGACACGGAACAGAGGCUUCACAAGGAGUUCAAAGAAGUUCUGCAAAAAGCCCGGCCUGCGUGGGAGCAAGAGAUGAUGAAGGACUUCAAACAGCAGCUUGAACAGGAGAGACAGAGGUGGCGGAAAGAGUUUGACGCUGAAAAGCAGAUGGAGUUGGCGGAACUAACCGAGCGGCUAGCCAGGGAGUACAAGCAACAGCAUUCUCAAAAGGCUGAAAAAGAUGCGGAGAAGCAAAAGGAAGCCCUCGAUCAUAAGACAGAGGAGCAGAUUGACCACUGGAAAGAGGUGGUGUCCAAGCUACAGACGCAGAUCAGAGAGAAGGACGCCGAGCUGCAGCAAGCGCUGUCUGCAUCAGCGGAGAAGGAGUUGCGGCUGAAGCAAAAGCUGCUGAAGUUCCAGAAGAAGCUGCAGCAGGUCGAACGCGAGGGCAAGGAGCAGCUGCUCGCUCAGGAGAGGCAGCACGCUGACAAACUGGCGACGCUGAACACACAGUUGCAGCAGCUACACAUCCAGCCACACGACGGCCUCACCAGUGGCACUCAGAAAAGCAUGGUGGAAAUGAUGGAUAAAUGGAGUGGGUGGUUUAUAGACUGCCUGGACAAAGUGUACAAGGACAUCUGCAGCUACACAGAGCAAGCGGAAAAAGCGAAAAGUUCCGAGAUGCGCCAGCUUCUUCACGGCUACCACCAGUACCUUCUCACGCAAGCACCGUUUCAGCAAGGACGAUUACACAGCAACGAAAACAUUCCACCGAGAGCGGCAGCCACACCACCGUUGCAACGCCUGCAACCGCAACCCAGGACCACGCCUCCGGAGAGACUUUUCCCUGGGAAGUCCGAGCACGCACGUGAGAUGUUUCCGUCUCGUCUCGCCUCCAGGAGUGCGAAGGAGGCAAUGGUGAAAUCGCACUCAAAGCCAGUGGAUCUGAACCUUUCCGGAGUGUCGGAUGGAAGUGUGUUUCUGCCACCACCAUCGCCCAUCAAAACAUCGUAGUUCAGCAAUGGAGAAUCAGUUCAACUUUCAGCAGAUACAUCAAAUGUGUGUGUGCGUGUGUAUGCAAGAAACACAGUGCUGAGUUCAAUUGUCGCCUUUCUGUGCACGUUUUUAAAGGCAUAUGUCUGCACUGAUAGAUCCGCAUAAUUUUGCAUGUCUUUCAUCAUGUCAUUCAUACGGAGAGGUUGCAGAUGUGGAGUUCGAUGUGAUUUUCAUAUUGCUGAAAAUAUGAAAUUAUGACAAAGCAUGCAGAACCAUUUCAGUUGGAAUGUUGAGUGCUUAUUAUGGUGCCAGCAGAAGGCGAUCAUCACACCCAGCAAGAAAGUGCCACACAAUCUGACCCAAGUAAUGUCUUGAAAGUACAAAUGUAUCGCUGCCUUUAGUGCAGGGCCACGAUUUUGUGGCGGUACCUUUUUUCGAUGCUGUUCCUUUUUGCGUUUCGCCAGUGGACAGAGUGAUGCUCUACCUGCAUUAUCAAUGGGAUCAGCUGGCUGUGAACAAUGGAUAAGAGUGGCAUACAAUCGAGCUGAAGGCAUCGCUACAAAGUUGGGGCCCUGGUUGUUUGUGUGGCUAGUGUGUGUAAAAAGGUUGUACAGCCACUGUGUGAUUUUACCCAUGCACAAUAAUUUAUGUGUUGGUUACCAAGUGUAGCAUUGCGCGUACAGGCAGGCUGUAUUUUCAUGACAGUUUAUGAUAGGAAUAAGCCUGGUGUGUUUCUCAUAGAAGCAGUUCCUAUGUCCAGUUGUGCACUGCACUCUGUGUAGUGAAGUUCCAGUUGUCUUGCACGUGUGGUUGUAAAUAUGUUUAUGUUCAAACACCUGCAUCAUUCAAUGUUUGGCAUGGAACAGAAGUUAUGUUUUCAGAUGGUUUUACCUUCUUAUGGGACUGCAUUACAAGUUUUAUGCAAACCCACUGCUGUGCCAUUUACUCAUUCUGUGUACGUGUAAUCCUCAUCAACAAUGUUCACUCAUUCGCUGCUGCGUCAUAUACUUGUGUAUAUUUUAUAAAACAUACUCAUGGGGUUUCAUAGAAGAUUUGGGGAUGUUGACAAGGCUGUAUUUGGCCUCAUUUUUGCAGUGUACUUAUAUAAAUUUUUUUUCUGGUUUUAUGUAUCUCGGUGACAAACUGAACUUGUUAUACCAUGCGCUUUAUGUGCAAGGCAUAUUUGCUCAUCUUUUUUCUUAUUUAUCACACAUAUUUUAUGCAAAACAUUGAAUGCAUUUACCGAUUUGAUUCCAAGUGGAAUUCUGUUGGUCCAGAACCUUUAUAUGUGAACCUGAUGUUGCACAUAGCUUCCCUUCCACUAUCAGUACUUCAGGGGGUUUCGGCAUGAAAAUGCCUUUGUUGUCUCUACUGUCGAGCUUUGACUAUUACUUUUCUAUACACUCUUUUCUGUUUUUCCUUCUUACCAUACCCGGUUUCAGUUGUGGGAAAGGCAGACGAUCAAAAUAACAUUAGUAAAAUAUAGUUUUCUUAAAAGAAAUAUAAUAGUUUAAACUGUCAAGACCUGAAAUUUUCUUUCAGGCUACGAUAUUUAAUAGAGAGAACAUAAAUAUUGUGGACUUCAUGAGACUAGCUUGAAUACAUAUAUUCAGUUCUUUUAAUUUAAGGAACUGGAGAUUUACAGCAUUACGACAGCUGUUUUUCUUAUCAUACACUCUGGGAUCACCCCAUGUGCCAAAUGUCAUAAAAUUAAGCCGCUAGUGCAACGCACUCUGUAUAACUUUUCUUUCUUUUUUAAAUAACCGGUAGCUCCUUACGGUGUUCGGCCGGGAUCUUGUGUGAUUUCUUGAUUGCUUAUUUGAUGUCAUGGUCUCUGGUUUGCAUUAUAGUUAACCGCUAAGAAGAAAAAAAAAGGACAUUUGACUCCGUGGUGCCAUUUCCAAUUCUCUCGCGUGUGUUGGCGGGUCAUCAUGACGUAUUUAAAUAAACUAUUGUUACGAACCUGA